AUGCUCUCGAUAUCGCCCCGUCUUCACAUUCGCCAUCCCUCUCCAACAACCGCCGAAUUCACUGUAACGACCCUUCGGCCGCUCCCGCCAGCAUUACACACCGUUGUUCUCAUCUCCCGCGUCGUCCUCUCCAUCUUCACUCUUCUUCUCCUUCAUGCACGCCUGACCCUCCAUCCACUACUCGCCUAUGCCGCGCCGUCUCUUCUGAAGAUUAUCCCACCCUCAUACCUCCGCGCACCAACCUCAAUUGGCUCCGUCGCGCAGGACAUACCGCUUUCUGUACUUGUCCCAGCCAGUAUAGCUGUGCUAUGGCUGUCCAGUCGAAGGGGCUAUGUGAGCGAGAGCAUCCUGGUCAUGAGAGGGUUGGGCGUGCAGACGAGUGAGAGUCCUGGAAGUUAUCUGGCUGGCACGGCUACGAGGUUCAUACCCACCGAGAAAAUCCAGGACAUCCUUCUUAACGAAGCGUUUCUUGGGUUCGAGGUUAGGUACUACCUCAUUGUCAUUGUCGAGGGCGAGGAUGAUGUGGUAGUUGUGUUCCCUGGCUUAUUACCGCGACGGAAGAUCGUGGAGGAAGUAUGGAGGGGCGUUAGGAGAUGCUUGUAUGAGCAGAGAGGCGAAGACAAAGUACAGGCUUGA